CGUUUGACACGUAUUGCAUAGUGACAGGCAUAAAACGGAAGUGGAUGCCAAGUGGGCAUUGGCACCCAUAGAUAGGCGCAGUAUCGACUACCACCGGGCUGUACCCCAACGUGUUGGAAGUGCUCUACAGGGACUGGAGGGAGCUAAGAACACUGUGCUAGCAAGGAGUCUCGGGUUAAAACUGGUGUUCAUUUACAGCGUAGCUUUGACACAUCCACUAUGGCGGCGACGUUGACGUAUUGCAGGAGUGGACACGCUCACUCGAUGCGGCGUCGAUGAAUUAUAAGACUCAGCGCUCAGUCAAACACCAGACCAGAUAGGCGGAACACCAGUUUUUUUUAUUAAGGUCCAAAAAGCAACGAUUACAAGGCUAUUAUUGCUACUGUCUAUUCAAACGGCUACAAACGGCUAAACUACGCCACAACUAACUCCCAACAACAUUCGUUUUUCUUCCGUCACUUCCUGUCCGUCACUCCUUUUCCUUCCCAACCCCGGAACAUAUCUCUCCAUGGCAACACAUAACACCCAUAACACACCUACUUUAACUAGAGACUCCUUGGUAAGUACAGUUGUCUGAACUCCCUCCAGUCCCUGUACAACACUGACAUCUACUGGCCAAAUUUUUAAAACAUAACCCGAUUUGUACUUCCGGUAGUAGAACGACUGAAAGAUUGUUGUAGCUUUUCGUCACUUCUGGCCUUAGAGUCAUUUUGUGCACCGCCGAGUUUUUGCUAACGUUUCCACGUUGCGCAUUUUGCUAUGUAUCACCAACCCGUGUUGAAGAACAGGCGUACACUCUUGGAAAGAGCCGAGAAGUUCAUUUCUGAUGUUUACUUCACAGACUGCAACCUGCGUGGACGGCUGUAUGGAGAAUCCUCCCCAUUGGACUCCCUCAGCUCAUUCAUGUCCCCCAAACGGAUGCCACUGAAGGAAGCACAAACUCAGACCUUCACACCCUACAAAGUAGGCGAUACCUUUGGGCCAACGUGGUGGACCUGUUGGUUUAAAGCAACUCUAAAAAUCCCAGAGUGCUGGAGAGGUAAAGAGGUUCAUGUUCUGUGGGAAAGUGAUGGAGAGGCAAUGGUUUGGAGGGAUGGACAGCCGGUUCAGGGUUUGACUAAAGAAGGUGAAAAGAUGAGUUACAUUCUCUCUGACUCUCUCACAGAAGAGGAACCGCUCAGCAUGACCAUCUUUGUGGAGAUGGCCUGUAAUGGACUCUUUGGAGCCGGUCAUGGGUCAAUGAUCGCAGGUCCAGACCCGAACAAGAAGUUUUCCGUGCAGAAGGCGGAGCUUGUGGUGUUCAACCGGGAUGUCAGGGAGCUGAUGACUGAUUUCGAGAUGCUGAUUGACAUUGUCAAGGAACUUGGCGAGGGUGAGCAGCGUAGCUAUCAGGCGCUGUUCACUGUGAAUGAAAUGGUGAACGUGUGCGACCCCACUGAUCCCAGGUCUUUCUCCAAAGCACACAGUCUGGCUCACACGUUCUUCAGCCAGCAUAAUGGACAAAGUCAGCACACCGUCCAUGCCAUGGGUCACUGUCACAUUGACUCAGCUUGGCUGUGGCCUUAUGAAGAAACUAUUCGCAAGUGUGCUCGGAGUUGGGUGACGGUGAUCCGUCUCAUGGAAAAGAACCCAGACUUUAUGUUUACAUGUUCUCAGGUAGUUGCUCGGUCCAGACAGAGUUCAAUACAGAGUGUGUGCCAAUCCAAAGAAUUAUUCCAUUUGCUGUCCUCCCAGGCCCAGCAGUUUGAAUGGGUGAAGUGCUGGUACCCGGGACUCUUCUCAGAGAUUCAACAUUACGUCAAGACAGGCCAGUUCAUCCCAGUCGGUGGGACAUGGGUGGAGAUGGAUGGCAAUCUGCCCUCAGGAGAGUCCAUGGUCAGGCAGUUCCUGGAAGGCCAACGUUUUUUUGAGCAAGAAUUUGGGAUGAGGUGCAAAGAGUUUUGGCUUCCAGAUACCUUCGGCUACUCGGCCCAACUCCCACAGAUAAUGAAGGGUUGCGGAAUUUCCAAUUUCUUGACACAGAAACUCAGCUGGAACCUUGUGAACACAUUCCCUCAUAAUACAUUUUUUUGGGAAGGCCUCGAUGGCUCCAAGGUUUUGACUCACUUCCCACCAGGAAAUUCCUACGGCAUGGAAGGCAAGGUUGAAGACCUUGUAAAAACUGUAAAACAGAAUCAUGACAAAGGCAGAGCCAACCACAGCGCCAUGUUGUUUGGUUUUGGUGAUGGUGGCGGCGGUCCAACGCAGUUGAUGCUGGAUAGACUCAAGCGGGUCCAGGACACAGACGGGCUUCCCAAGGUUCAGAUGUCCUCUCCUGACAAGCUUUUCUCUCAACUUUGGGCUGACUCAGAUCUGCUGUGCACUUGGGCAGGAGAACUUUUUCUAGAGCUGCACAAUGGCACGUACACCACGCAGGCGCAGAUCAAGCAGGGGAACCGCCAGUGUGAGACACUCCUACAUGACGUUGAGAUGGCCAGCAGCUUGGCACUUUGUCGGGACACAACCUUUCAGUAUCCUGUAGUGAGACUGCGGGAACUCUGGAGACUUCUGCUGCUAAACCAGUUCCACGAUGUAAUCCCAGGCACAUGUAUAGCAAUGGUUGUAGAGGAUGCACUGAGGUAUUAUGAAGAUAUCAUUAGAAGCGGUGCUGCACUCCUGCAAGAUAGCCUCCGUGCUCUGGUGUCAAAUGGCGAUGCCACAGGUGUUUUCAACUCUCUGCCCUGGGAACGCCUUGAAGUCAUCCAGAUUCCAGAUGGCCCCAGUAAACAUGCUCUGGUGCAAGUUCCCAGCAUCGGCGUGUCUCUUAUUCAAGAAACAAAGCCCGUGACUCCAGUCUCUAUUACCGUUCAGGAUGAUGGCAGUUUCCUCAUGGAAAAUGGUAUCAUAAGGACAGUUGUGAAUAAAGAUGGCACAAUGGCGUCGCUAUAUUUGAUCACUGCAAACAGGGAAGCAAUUUCGUUUGGUUGUUCUGGUAACCAGUUUGUCUUGUUUGAUGAUAUACCUUUGUACUGGGACGCAUGGGAUGUAAUGGACUACCAUCUUCAGACAAGGAGGCCUGUGCUGGAGGUGGUGGAGCCUGCUCAUGUGCUGUCUUCUCAUGAGCUCAGAGGAAGUGUCAGCUUCACGCUAAGGAUCAGUGACAAGAGUACAGUCACGCAGGAGAUCGUGAUGGACGCCAUGUGUCCUUUCAUUAAGUUCAACACGCAGGUGCACUGGGCUGAGUCGCACAAGUUUCUUAAGGUUGAAUUCCCAGUGCGAGUGCAUAGUACCAACGCAACAUAUGAGAUCCAGUUUGGACAUCUGCAGAGACCUACACACAGGAACACAUCAUGGGACUGGGCUAGAUUUGAAGUAUGGGGUCACAGGUGGGCCGAUUUGUCAGAGCACAAUUUUGGAGUGGCGCUGCUCAAUGACUGCAAAUACGGUUAUUCCGUCUUUAAGAACACAAUGACGCUGUCACUGUUGAGGGCACCAAAGGCUCCAGAUGGCAAUGCUGAUAUGGGAACUCACCAUUUCACCUAUGCAGUCAUGCCACACAGUGGAACCUUCCAAGAUGCCAAAGUCAUCCAGUGUGCAUACAAUCUCAAUUUCCCUCUAAGGUUAACCAAGUGCUCCUUUGACGUGGCGCCGUGGAGCGCCUUUUCCGUUACUCCUGCAGCUGUCAUCCUUGAGACUGUUAAACAGGCGGAGGACAGGAAGGGAGCCCUCAUUGUUAGAAUGUACGAGGCUUACGGCGGAUGUGUGACUGCAACCCUCCGCACAACUCUUCCAAUCAGGGAGGCCUGGAAUUGUGAUCUUUUAGAGCAAAUAGACACCACUCAGCCAGCAUGUGUGACUGCCGAUGGGAUCACGCUCGACUUCACCCCAUUUCAAGUCAGAUCACUGCUGCUUACAUUUUAACCAGUAAAUCAAUGUUUGUAGAUUAACAGUGGCACCUCCAAAAUCAUCUUUAUGGUUAUAAUGGUCAUCUUUAGGAAAGGUUUGGCUGAAGUUGCACAAAUAAAGCUGUAGCUUGAAAAUUGGCAUCACUUUGGACCCCGCUGCAUUAGCUGUAUAGGCUAGUUGGUUGAGCUAAUAACACUGUACUGUGAUUGAAACUACGACCAAGUAUGAACUUGUAAAAAUGGUUUUAUUUAAAAAUAUGGAAUAAAAAAAUGCAUUUCCCAAUGUUUUUACUU